GUCAGAUCACCUGGUUCGGCUAUGAAAGUCCUCGUAGUUUCUGGGACUACAUUCGAGUAGCUUGCCGAAAAGUCUCUCACAAUUGCAUCUGCAGUAUUGAGAACAUGGAGAAUGUCGGUUCUUCUAGAGCUAAGGGUCGAGCCUGGAUCAGAGUAGCACUUAUGGAAAAGCAUUUGUCUGAAUACAUUUCCACAGCUCUGAGAGACUUCAAAACAACCAGGAGAUUUUAUGAGGAUGGAGCAAUUGUUCUUGGUGAAGAAGCAAAUAUGCUUGCUGGUAUGCUGUUGGGACUCAAUGCAAUUGAUUUUAGUUUUUGCCUGAAGGGUGAGGGAUUGGAUGGCAGCUUUCCAGCUGUCAUAGAUUAUACACCAUACUUGAAGUUCACCCAAAGUUCUGACAGCAUCAGCAGUGAUGAAGAAGAGCUAAGAACACUGGGCAGUAGCGGCAGUGAAGGCAGUACUCCAGAGAACAUUGGUCCUCCUUUCAUCACGGAUGAAAACAGUUGGUACAACAAAUGCAAAAGGGUAGAACAGAAGUACCGGCUUGCAUUGGAACAGAAGGGUUACCUUGAAGAAUUGGUACGACUCAGAGAAAACCAGCUAUCUGAAUCUGUCUCACAGAAUAAACUGCUGUUACAAAGAAUUGAAGAUAUGGAUCUAGCCCAUAAAAUGGAGAAGGAACAGCUGGAAUAUAUAAUUGUGGAACUGCAAGACCAGUUGACUGUGCUAAAGAAUAAUGACUUGAGAUCAAGACAAGAAUUAACUACUCACCUCACCAAUCAGUGGCCUUCCCCAGGAGCUCUGGAUGUCAAUGCUGUUGCCUUGGACACUCUCCUCUAUAGAAAGCACAAUCAGCAAUGGGAUGAGAAAAGUUUUCAAAGUCUGGACCAACUUUCAGCAGAAGUUAGUCUUUCUCAGUCCUCUCUGGACCCAGGUCACUCACAGGAUGGGAAGCAUGAUGGAAUGAACUUGUUAAAUGAAGGAAAGGAAGACACUCCAUCAUUGCUUGGUCUUUGUGGCUCUCUUACAUCAGUAGCAAGCUACAAAUCUCUCACAAGUCUGAAAUCAAGUGAAUAUCUUGCAAGUCCCACAACAGAGAUGACAAGUCCAGGCUUAACUCCAUCAUGAGAUACCCACAAGAAGGAAGAGCUUUGUGUUGUAUGCAUUUGGUUUAUGUUCCAUAAAAUGACUUAUAAUGAAAACUGCUGGUUCUGAGUCAACAUAUAAGCUGCUUUAUUUUUUUCCUUCUGUGGUUACUUUUUUUAUUAUCAAAUUCUGUCAGUUUUUGUUCACUUUUUUUUUUCCACCAGAGGACUUUUCUGAUUUUCUACUUUACUCUUGAGUUAUUUAAAGCUCUCGGUCAGGUACAGGACAUAUAAUCUGAUGCUUAUGACUGUUUUUUAAAUAAAACAGUUGGAAAUCAGUCCCCUACUU